AAUCCAUCAAGAUUUUCUAUUUAAGGUGUGUUUUGAGAGGAUCAGUAAUCGGAUAAGCCUUUGUUUAUAUAGUACACAAAGAAGAAGAAGAAGAAGAAGAAGAAAAAGGAAACAAAAGAUGGCAAUUGAGAUUCCUAGAGUGAAACUUGGAACUCAAGGAUUUGAGGUUUCAAAGCUGGGAUUUGGGUGUAUGAGUCUUACAGGUCACGAUCAUUCAGUGUCAGAUGAAGAUGGCAUAGCCAUCAUUAAGCAUGCAGUCGAAAGAGGAGUCACUCACAUCGAUACAGCCGACUUAUAUGGACCCAAAACUAACGAAAUUCUGGUCGGAAAGGCAUUGAAGCAUCUGCCACGAGAGAAGGUACAGUUGGCUACAAAAUUCGGUGUUGAAAGCAUGGGUCCAGAUGGUCCGGUUAUCAAUGGCACUCCUGAAUUUGUUCGUUCUUCACUUGAGGCUAGCCUUCAACGCCUUGAUGUGGAUUAUAUUGAUCUUUACUAUAUAAUCAGAGUUGACCGCAACACUCCUAUUGAAGAUACCAUGGAAGAACUGAAGAAGUUGGUGGAAGAGGGAAAAAUAAAGUACAUUGGUAUCUCUGAAGCUAGCCCCGAAACUAUAAGGAGGGCACACGCUGUACAUCCUCUUACUGCCGUACAACUUGAGUGGUCGCUCUGGACUCGUGAUGUUGAGGAAGAACUAAUUCCCCUUUGCAGGGAACUCGGAAUUGGGAUUGUUGCAUAUAGUCCCCUUGGUCAUGGUUUCUUUGCCGGUAAAGCAAAGGGGGAUACUUCUAAUAGUUCUCUGGGAGUGUUACCAAGGUUUCAAGGAGAGAACUUGGAGCGAAAUAGGAUCCUAUAUUCGAAAGUAGAGAAGUUGGCUGAAAAGCAUGGAUGUACACCGGCACAACUUGCACUUGCCUGGGUUCUUCAUCAAGGGGAUGAUGUUUCUCCUAUUCCCGGAACAACCAAGAUUAAAAAUCUAGACAGCAACAUCGAAUCAGUGAAAGUAAAGCUGACAAAAGAAGAUUUGAAAGAAAUUUCAGAUGCGAUCCCAAUCCAUGAGGUUGCGGGGGGUACUUAUCCUGAUGAUUUAAAGCAAUUCACUUGGAAAUAUGGCAAUACACCACCAAAGAAGAGCACCUAGGUUUAGAAGCAAAGUUUCAUGGGUGUUGGGAUGAACGGAUUUCCCAAGAAACUGCAGCCAUUGAAAGAUUGAUGUGUUACUAAAGCUUUGGAUUGUCAUUAAUGGAGGGUUCAGUAUUUAUGAUGUUGUUGUGUCUUAUUUUGUAUCGUGUUAUUUUUAGUUGUUUGAAAUAAUCAAGUCUAAUUGUGUACUUGGACGAAUAGAGUUGUAGCUAUUGUUUAAUCAAUGUAUGUUUUUAUUGUUCUAA